UUCUUGGGUACUGAUUAAUGCGAAGGGCUACCAGUUUGAUACACACUUCAAUAAAUUGCCGGAAAUAGCCAAUUUGCUCAAUUUACCUUUAACUCUAUGUUAUUAUUAAUAAUUAAUGAUAUUUACACUUAAUUGAACGGUUUAAAAGAGGAGAAAACAUGAAAAAAAUGACAAUUACAUUUUGAAACAUAGUUUAUCAUCAAUUUCGACUCUUUAAAAUUCAAAAUUCAACCGAAAAAAAGAAGACGAAAACUAGCUAAUUUGAAUCUUUUUGAAAAAAUUAAAAAAAAUAAUUUAUGGAACAUCAUUAGUAAUUUUUCCUGAUUAAGAUUAAUUUUAGAAUUUUGAUGACAUGUUUUAAAUAGGUUAAAAUCCAAUCUACACUUUAUAGAAUAUAUAACAAAUUGGACCAAGCUAUAUUUCUAACCAAGACAAAUCAUUAUUUCUUCUAGAUUUUCCAGAACAAAAAUUUUAAAAGCAAUUCAAAAGACUUUGAAAUAAGAUUUAAAUUUAAUUCUACAGAUUUUCUAGAUUUGCCAGAAAUUUUUAUGUAUAUAUUUCACAAAUAUUCUUCGUCGAAAAAAUAGAAGCUAAAAUGAAGAAUUAAAUUAAAAUUGAUUUAUUAUUCUUUACAAUAAAAAUAAAAAAAAUUACUUGAACAUUGAUUUAAAUUGUCAGGAAAUAAGAAGAAGGAAUUUAAAAGGUAAAAAGGUAUAUGUGUUUAAAAAUCCUAAAAUCAUUUUUAAAGUUGUAUUUUUCCUCUAAAAUUGUCUUUCUAAAAGUUAUAAGAAGCAAAGUAAAAAAAAUGUAUGAAUUUAUUUAAACAAGUGAAGACCAAGUCUUUAAAAUAUUUUCUUGGAUUUUCAAAUUCUAUUAGAGUUUUGUCUCUCUUAGAUUUAAAAAUGUCAGGCAAAGCGAGACCAGCUUGCUAGUAAAUAAAUACAAUUUAAAAAAAUAGAGGCAGCUCACUGGUAAGUGCUGCUAUUUGAGCUAUUUUUAGAACAGGCCUGCGGGCUACUCAUCUGGUCCUUACGGGCUACCUGGUGCCCGCGGGCACCGCGUUGGUGACCCCUGUUGUAGAUUGUCACUGAAGGCAUCAAAACUAUGAAAAACCCUGCUAUAAACUCUUUAUUUUUUUGUAGCCAGCAGAGGGCAGUCAAACCUUAACUCAUACUCAGCAAUGCUUGCCACAAGUAGUGAUUACAUGAGGGAGGGCAUUUGGCUCCUGUCUUAGUGUACAUCCUCUCACAAUCUGCUGAUAUUCUCACAUAACAGAGCCCUGUUAGCUUCACUUUAAUUGCUAUUGAACACGCUUUUAGUCCUGUGUGCUCACUGCACCGCAAUCAAUAACUAGGUGGAGGAGGGGUGAAUUAAAGCGGCUUUUGGUCAAUUUUUUUUUUUAGAUGAAUUUGAAUGAAUAACUUUGAUGUUGGGAUUAUAUUUUUCAUAAAUGUAAUUAAGAUAAAGACAACCCCAUCAGUUACAAGGCAAUCAUCUAGUUUUCACUUCAUUAUGAUGACAUGCAGCCUCUUAUCUAUUGCAGGUAUUUAACUGAGGCUAGUGUAAUUUAGUUUUAGUUUAAAAAAAAUAGUCGUUUAAAUUGAUGUCCCUGCUCUUACUCUCACAUUGCAGGUAAAUGUAAUGACUUUGCAUGUUAAAAAAAAAUAUAACAUUGUCAAUGUCCUUAACUGAGGGUAGUGUAAUUUACCUUUAGUUUGAAAAAAAUAGUUGUUUAAAUUGAUGUCUCUGCUAUUACCCUCACAUUGCAGGUGAAAGUAAUGAAUUUGCAUGUUAAAAAAAAAAAAAAAAUCAUUAUCAAUGUCCUUAAAGAAAAUAAUCACUCGUUAAAAUACAAAAUAAUGAUUUAUCACCAGAGCUGUGUGAUGAACAAAUCCUCCUAACGAGCUCCCAGUAAAUCAUCACACGGACAAGAAGCACCACCCACGGUUCUCUAAAUGCAUAAUAAACUAUGUUACGCUGUAGUGUAGUGAGCAUGUCCUCAGAAAGCGCCCAAUCUGUCUGCCUUUUUUUGUUUUUUUGAUGUGAAUGAAUCUUUAUUCAUUUUUCAUUGGAAGGGAGAGCACUUCUGCACAAGCUGUGCUGCCAACAUGGCAGACUGGAGGGUGGCGGCGGGGGAAUCGUAGAUGUCACAAUGAGAUUCAGUGCAUGCAUGAAUAAGGUCAGCACUUUGGCGAGAGGUUCGCCCCGCAGACGCCUGCCGGCUUCUACGCCAGCAAUCUUUAUUCCCGCUGCAGACUGGAAGCAGGACUGUAGCCGUUCACGUUGUAUUUGGCAAAUGCUAAUAUCAUUCGUCAACAUUUGCAUGAAUAAAUAUCUGGGGGAAAAAAAAAAAAACCCCUGCACACACAUGAUGGAGGGAAAAACACAGUUGCAGCUUGAAUGGAGAUGAAUGCAGCCUGUGGCUACAGCAACAUUAUGUAAUCUUUGUAUAUUUCAUAUACAAUGUUUAAUGUCGUGAACACAGUCAAACACCAUAAAGAAAUAUGCAUGCAAAUAUCAUAUUAACUGCAGAAAAAACUUAAACUACCAUUAAAUCAAAUCUAACUUUGUAUAGCACAAGCAAGUGGAAAACACAAAGUGGUUUACACAAAAAAAGGAAAUUAAAACAUACAUUAUUGACAAUAACAAACAACAUGGCUGGAACUUCGCACUGAGAAAAAAACGCUACUUGGAGAAAAACUAAAAUUAACACCAUCUAAAAAAAUGUUUAUAAAUCAUAUUGUAAAAUAUAAUUAAAAAUAAAAUAUGAACAAUACAUUGAGCUAAUGGAAAUACAACAUUGAGAAAAUAACAGUAGUAAUAAUAGCAAUAAAUAAAAUAGAAAAUACAUGGCUGGAACUUGGCAUUGAGAAAAAAAAUGCCACUUUUGGGGCGUCCGCACUGGUGAAAAACUAAAAUUAACACCAUCUAAAAAAUGGCAUAAAUCAUAUUGUAAAAUAUAAUUAGAAAUAAAAUACGAUCAAUACAUUGAGUUAAUGAAAAUAUUACAGAAAAUAAUACUAAUAAUAGCAAUAAAUAAAAUAAAUACAUGGCUGGAAUUUUGCACUGAGAGAAAAAAAAUGCCACUUUUAAGGCAUACACGCUGAAGGAAAACUAAAAUUAAUACCAUCUAAAAAAAAUAGUAUAAAUCAUAUUGUAAAAUAUAAUUACAAAUAAAAUAUGAACAAUACAUCGAGUUGAUAGAAAUAUAAAAUUGAGAAUAUAAGAGUAGUAAUAAUAGCAAUAAAUAAAAUAGAAAAUACAUGACUGGAACUUUGCAUUGAGAAAAAAAAUGCCACUUUUAGGGCGUCUAUGCUGGUGAAAAACUAAAAUUAACACCAUCUAAAAAAUAGUAUAAAUCAUAUCGUAAAAUAUAUUUAAAAAUAAAAUAUGAUCAAUACAUUGAGUUAAGGAAAAUAUAACUGAGAAAAUAAUAGUAAUAAUAGCAAUAAAUAAAAUAAAUACAUGGCUGGAACUUGGCCCUGAGGAAAAACAAAACAAAAAUAUUAACACUAUGUAAAAAAAAAAAAAAAAAAAAAGUAUAAAUCAUAUUUUAAAAUAUUUAUUAAAAAUAAAAUAUGAACAAUACAUUGAGUUAAUAGAAAUAUAACAUUGAGAAAAUAAGAGUAGUAAUAAUAGCAAAAAAUAAAAUAGAAAAUACAUGGCUGCAACUUGGCAUUGAGAAAAAAAAAUGCCACUUUUGGGGCGUCUAUGCUGGUGAAAAACUAAAAUUAACACCAUCUAAAAAAUAGUAUAAAUCCUAUCGUAAAAUUUAAUUAAAAAUUAAAUAUGAUCAAUACAUUGAGUUAAUGAAAAUAUAACUGAGAAAAUAAUAGCAAUAAAUAAAAUAAAUACAUGGCUGGAACUUGGCACUGAGGGAAAAAAAUAAAAAAUUAACUUUGUAAAAAAAAAAGUAUAAAUCCUAUUGUAAAAUAUAAUUAAAAAUAAAAUAUGAUCAAUACAUUGAGUUAAUGAAAAUAUAGCUGAGAAAAUAAUAGUAAUAAUAGCAAUAAAUAAAAUAAAUACAUGGCUGGAACUUGGCACUGAGGAAAAAAAUGCCACUUUAAGGCAUCCACACUGAAGGAAAACUAAAAUUAACACCAUCUAAAAAAAUAGUAUAAAUCAUAUUGUAAAAUAUAAUUAAAAAUAAAAUAUGAACAAUAGCUUGAGUUGAUAGAAAUAUAACAUUGAGAAAAUAAGAGUAGUAAUAAUAGCAAUAAAUAAAAUAGAAAAUACAUGACUGGAACGUUGCAUUGAGAAAAAAAAUGCCACUUUUAACUAAAAUUAACACCAUCUAAAAAAUAGUAUAAAUCAUAUUGUAAAAUAUAAUUAAAAAUAAAAUAUGAUCAAUACAUUGAGUUAAGGAAAAUAUAACUGAGAAAAUAAUAGUAAUAAUAGCAAUAAAUAAAAUAAAUACAUGGCUGGAACUUGGCACUGAGGAAAAACAAAACAAAAAUAUCAACACUAUGUAAAAAAAAAAAAAGUAUAAAUCAUAUUUUAAAAUAUUUAUUAAAAAUAAAAUAUGAACAAUACAUUGAGUUAAUAGAAAUAUAACAUUGAGAAAAUAAGAGUAGUAAUAAUAGCAAAAAAUAAAAUAGAAAAUACAUGGCUGGAACUUGGCAUUGAGAAAAAAAAAUGCCACUUUUGGGGCGUCUACGCUGGUGAAAAACUAAAAUUAACACCAUCUAAAAAAUAGUAUAAAUCAUAUCGUUAAAUAUAAUUAAAAAUUAAAUAUUAUCAAUACAUUGAGUUAAUAAAAAUAUAACUGAGAAAAUAAUAAUAAUAAUAGCAAUAAAUAAAAUAAAUACAUGGCUGGAAAUUGGUACUGAGGAAAAAAACAUAAAGUAAUCAACACUAUGUAAAAAAAUAGUAUAAAUCCUAUUGUAAAAUAUAAUUAAAAAUAAAAUAUGAUCAAUACAUUGAGUUAAUGAAAAUAUAACUGAGAAAAUAAUAGUAAUAAUAGCAAUAAAUACAUGGCUGGAACUUGGCACUGAGGGAAAAAAAACAAAAAAUUAACACUAUGUAAAAAAAAUAGUAUAAAUCCUAUUGUAAAAAUAUAAUUAAAAAUAAAAUAUGAUCAAUACAUUGAGUUAAUGAAAAUAUAACUGAGAAAAUAAUAGUAAUAAUAGCAAUAAAUAAAAUAAAUACAUGGCUGGAACUUGGCACUGAGAAAAAAAAUGCCACUUUUAAGGCAUCCACACUGAAGGAAAACUAAAAUUAACACCAUCUAAAAAAAAUAGUAUAAAUCAUAUUGUAAAAUAUAAUUAAAAAUAAAAUAUGAACAAUACAUCGAGUUGAUAGAAAUAUAACAUUGAGAAAAUAAGAGUAGUAAUAAUAGCAAUAAAUAAAAUAAAUACAUGGCUGGAACUUGGCAUUGAGAAAAAAAACGCCACUUUUAAGGCAUCCACACUGGUGAAAGAGUAAAAUGAACAUCUAAAAAAAAUAGUAUAAAUCAUAUUGUAAAAUAAUUAUUAAAAAUAAAAUAUGAACAAUACAUUGAGUUUAUGGAAAUAUAACAUUGAGAAAAUUAAGAGAAGUAAACAAAAUGAACACCAUCUAAAUAUUUUUAUAAAUCAUAUUGUAAAAUAUAAUUACAAAUAAAAUAUGAACAAUGAAAAUAUAAUAUUGAGAAAAUAAGAGUAGUAAUAAUAAAAUAAAUAAAAUAGAAAAUACUAAAGUAUAACUAUUAUUUUUUUUUUUAAAAACAGCAUCUAUGUUGUGACUGGACUGCUCACCUGUAAUUGCAAAAUGAUUAUAAUAAUAGCCUUAUUAUAUAUUUAAUUGCUUCUUUUGUGGUAAAAUUAACAGUAAAUUCCUUUUUUUUUUGUAGAACUUCAGUGUAAAUUAACUAUAUAGGUUGUACAUUUUCCCCUUGUUCAGCAAUAAACUAAAAUCAUACCGUUACUAUUUUAAAUAAGUCUUUUUUUUUUCUUUUCGGCGUAACGUGACGUCAUACUCGCGUCCAUUGAAGAAACGGGCGUGGUUUCACCCUUUGCCCCGCCCCGCAUGUCCAUAUACGGUCAUUCGACGGUGCGUUGAUUGACAGCGGACAGCAGCUGCUGAGCUGCCCAGACAUGGCGGAGGAUACAGUGUAACAAGAGGCUCGGCGGCGGAGUUCCAGGACUUUUCCCCGGCAGCAGAGUCGCCUCCCGGCUCGCUAGACGCUACACGAUAGGAGGGGGAAAUGUGUCGGGCCGACGCUCGCUCGGAAGGGAGGCGGAAAACGAGGUGAAAAAAACAAAAAAGAUGGGACAAUGUAUUGCUGUUUAGCAACAAAUAUGGCUCCUUGUGCCUUUUUCGCCAUAAACAUUCACCUCCCUUUGCCGCGGUGCAUCCGGGGAACUUCUGCUGCCGGCCGCGAUAGUAAGUUCACUUCCAUAAGCUCUCGGCACUUUUAAUUUCGCUUCGGGUAUUCGGCGCUAGCCGCGCCGAGCUAAGGCGAGAGCCAUAGGAGCAGGAAUGGAGCCAAAGCACAAAGAGUUGCUCGACCGGUGCCACCAGAACUUGCUGGAGUCCAUCACGGACGCCGACCGCGUCAUCGAGCUGCUCAUCGUUUCCGGUGCCUUGAGCCAGCUCGACCGCUUCGAGCUGGACCAGAACUGCUCGUCCAGCGCGGAGAAAGUGGAGCUCCUGCUGAAGAUGCUGGUGAACAAGGAGAGCGACCAUUUCCUGGACCUGUGCGUGGCCCUGGAGAAGGCGUACCCUGACCUGCACGCCGCCCUCUUCUGCAGCAGCAGCAGCAACGGCGGGGGUCCUGUGGACCACAACACCGGUUCUACAUACAGCGUCCUUUCCACCAUGCCUUCCGACUCCGAGAGCAGCAGCUCCCUCAGUAGCGUCGGUUCGCCUGUGAACGGCGAGGCAUCCUCCCCACCCCCCGCCAUCAAUGACAACCGGCCCCCCGGUGACAACCUGGACACGGUGUUGUUUCAGCUCCGCCAGGUGACCAGGGAGAGGGACGAGCUACGCAAGCGCCUGGCCUUGGCAUCGCCUGGCACCACCUUUGACGACUGCAGGCCAAAUUCCAAAGCCAGCCAUGACUAUGAGCGCUUAAAAAGCCAGUGCAUGAGAGCCAUGGCAGACCUGCAGUCUCUCCAGAACCAGCACACCAAAACACUGAAAAGGUGUGAAGAGGCUGUCAAAGAGGCUGACUUUUACCACAUGCUGCACAGCCGUGUCCUGGGCGAGCAGACGCAGCUGAAAGAGGAGAUGGAGACGCUGAGGCGGGACAACACUCAACUGGUGCGAGAGCACAACCACCUGAAACAGAACUGCGAGGAGCUCAAGCGGCUCCAUGGUCAAGAUCAGCAGGAACUGUCAGACCUGCGACUGCAACAGCAGCAGGUCAUGCGAGAAAAGGGCUCCUCGGAGGUGCUGAACAAACUGUACGACACGGCCAUGGACAAGCUGGAGGGCGUCAAGAAGGAGUACGACGCCCUCAGCCAGCGCCACAGCGAGAAGGUGGCCACCCACAACACCGACCUGAGUCGCCUGGAGCAGGCCGAGGAGGAGAACCGGCGGCUUCAGAAGCAGAUGGACGCGUUGCUCCUACAGCGGGAAUCGGCUAUGCACUACCAGCAGCAGUACUCCACUUCCAUUAGGAGGUUCGAUUCCGUGCAGCAGGAGCUGAACAAGUCCUCGGCCCAAAACAAGGAGCUCCAGCGCGAGAUGGAGCGGCUGCAGUCGGAAGUGACGCGCUACAAGAACCUGCAGCUAAAGGCCUCCAAGGACUGCGACAAGUACAAGGAGGAGAGGGACUCCGUGUUCAACGAGUACCGCCUCAUCAUGAGCGAGCGCGACCAGGUGAUCAAGGAGCUGGACAAGCUGCAGACGGAGCUGGAGGCGGCCGAGGCCCGGCUGAAGAACACCUCUUCGGAGAGGGUGGUGGCCAGCGAGGAGUUGGAGGCGCUCAGACAGGAGUUGAACUCGUCGCUGGUGGACCGCGACAGGGCCAUCUGCGAGAGGAACGAGCUCCUGGAGAAGUACUGCCAUGAGGUGAAGGACAAAGCCGAGGCCCAGAAGGAGCUGAGCCAGGCCUGCAAGGACAUUGAAAUGGUGCGGGAGGAGAGGGACGUGGCCCGCAAGGAGAGGACCGAGGCCAUUAUUCAGAGGGAUCAGCUUCUCCGGGAGUACUAUCAAGCACGGCAGAAACAAGACUCUGCCACGCUGGACAUGGAGCGUGCCAACAAGGAGAUAGAGAUGCUGAGGAAGCAGUACGAGGCCAUGUCCCAGGAGCUGAAAGAAGCCACGCAGGAGACCGAGGUGGCCAAAUGUCGCCGGGACUGGGCCUUCCAAGAGCGGGACAAGAUAGUGGCGGAGAGGGAGAGCAUCAGGACGCUGUGCGACAACCUGCGUCGGGAGCGAGACCGAGCGGUCAGCGACCUCGCAGACGCCCUGCGGAAUCUGGACGACACGAGGAAGCAGAAGAACGACUCUUUGCGAGAGCUGAAGGAGAUGAAGGAGAAAAUGGAGGGCCAACUGGAGAAGGAGGCCAGGUUCUGUCAGCUAAUGGCCCACAGUUCACACGACUCGGCCAUAGACACGGACUCUCUGGAGUGGGAGACCGAGGUGGUGGAGUUUGAGAAAGACCGGGAUGACAUGGACUUGAAGGCGCUCGGGUUCGACAUCGCAGAAGGGGUCAACGAUCCAUAUUUGCCGGGGGAUUGUGGGAUAUUUGUGACGAGGGUGGACAAAGGAAGUAUAGCAGAUGGAAGGUUAAGGGUAAACGAUUGGUUGCUGAAGAUAAACGACAUGGACCUGACCAACAAGGACAGGAAGCAGGUGAUGAAGGCGGUCCUGAACGUUGGCAGGUUGAUCAACAUGGUGGUACGGAGGAGGAAGUCUCUGGGCGGACGGCUGGUUACUCCCGUUCAUAUUAACCUGAUGGGACAUAAAGACAGCGGAAUAGGCCUGGAGAAUGGCGUGUUCGUCACCACGGUGGUCCAGGGUAGUCCAGCUGCCAGGGAAGGCACGCUCACUGUGGGAGACAGACUGAUCGCUAUAAAUGGCAUCGCUCUGGAUAACAAAUCUGUGACAGAAUGUGAGGCCCUGUUGAGGAACUGCAGGGACUCUCUCAGCCUCUCUCUCAUGAAGUUUUUCCCUCACAGUACGUCCGGCCAGAACAUCUUCGAGAGUCUGCGCGAUUCCUCCGAGAAGUCCAACGGGCGGAUUCACCUGUCCGAAAUCCACUCGCGGAACAGCCGCAACCUCCGACACAACAGCUCCACGCAGACGGACAUCUUCUGCCCCGACGUGGGCAGCACCAGCAUGAGCAGCAUCCCCGUGGAGCGACGGAAGCUCCGGGGCGAAGCCGACGAGCUUUACGCCGACAUCGGCAAACCCUUCUCCACAGGCUCCCUCCAUGCCACCAGCCUGCGGCCGGCCUCUGACUUGGGUACUGGCCGCUACGGCCCGAGCGCCUUCCAAGAGUGCUGCCCCUACACGAAGGCACCUUCCUCUUUGCCCUUUGACCCCGUCUCCGCGCCAGAGUGCCUCACCGGCGAGGCCACCCAGGACAGGAAGCACAGCGGAGGAACGUGGCCCAAGAUGGUGGCCGGAGGCAUGUCGGUUGCACCAGACAACACCGGCUCGGUCACGGCCGCCGCGCAGCUCUCAAUCUAUAAAUCACCCAAGCAGAGGAAGUCCAUCUUCGACCCGGACACCUUCAAACGCCCUGAAACGCCCUCCUCUAAGUUGGAGUACAUGGCGGCCAAUCAGAUCGCGGCCGUGGCCGCCGCGGCGUCGCACUCCCCGCAACCCUCAAAGACGGACUCCCUCUCCUCCUCCUCCACUCCCACCCCUCCGACGCCCCCCACCCGCAGCGACUCCUUCAAGUUCAAACAUAAACAUCAAAGCAGCUCCGCGUCCGACUGCACCAUCACGUCGGACGGCAAGGGAGAGGUGGCCGUCGCCGCGGCGACGGGCGAACGGGAGCGAGACCGGAACGGAAACCACUACUUCCUGGACGGUAAAGUCCUGACCUCCAGGAAGUCGUGCGACGAGGACAUAGGACGCACCAGAGGAGAGGAGCCCGAAGUGAAGAGGCCGCGCCCCAAAUCCGCCCCCGCCCUCCGCCGCAGAAUGACGCCACAGACCAUCACUCUUCCCUCCUUCCAGAGCUACUCCAACGACGAGCAUUCGCCAGAACCCAGAGACAUGCUGCGCUCCUCUCCCAGCCGCUCCCACCGGCACAGCGUCGGCUUCGUCCCCACGGUCUACAACGGCACCCUCCCUCCCAACUCAGCCCACCGGGGUCUGUCUCCUUGCCCCGCCGUGACGGCCGUGAUGAGGAAUCCCGUGUACACCGUGCGCAGUCAUCGUGUUCAUACCAGCAACUGUCCAUCGGUGGCUUCCCAGAUCUGUCACCAGCACGCGCCCACUAGCCCUCAACAUCAGGGUAGACUGAGCCUGGAUCUCAGCCAGCAGAAGCGGGUCGGCGACUACGCCGAGUCCUCAUCGUCACGCAGCAGCCGAGCCUCACACGGUUCUUCUAGUAAUGUCCAGUACCGGGCUGAGAGGAUCAAGAUCCCUUCUACUCCUCGCUAUCCUCGCUCCAUGCUGGGCUCAGACAGAGGCUCCCUCUCCCAUUCCGAGUGCAGCAGUCCCAGCCUCAUCACGCCGCCGCAGUCGCCACUCAAUCUGGAGACGUCCUCCUUCGUGAGCAACCAAUCCCAGGGCUCCAUUUCCACUUUACCUCGCAUCUCGGUCAGUCCGGUGCCAAUCGGGGAGCGCAGGAAAGACAGGCCUUACUUGGAGGAACCCCGCAACGUCAUCGUGCACAAAGGCGUGGAGCCUCUGGGCAUCUCCAUUGUGAGCGGCGAGAACGGAGGCAUCUUCGUCUCGAAGGUGACUGGAGGUAGCAUCGCCCACCAGGCAGGCCUGGAGUACGGGGACCAGUUACUGGAGUUCAAUGGCAUCAACUUGCGUAACGCUACGGAGCAGCAGGCUCGCCUCAUUAUUGGUCAACAGUGUGACACCAUCACCAUCAUGGCCCAGUACAACCCACACAUGUACCAGCUGGGCAACCACUCGCGCUCCAGCUCUCGUCUUGAGCCGGUCAGCACCCAAUCUACUCCUCAGGGGAGCGGCGCAGCCACCCCAGACAAUCACUCCGCCAUCGACACGCUCAGCGAACAGGACGAGGGCACCCUCACCCCUUCCUCAAAACAGACCACGCCCACCACCAGCCCCCGCAACUAUGUCAGAAUGCACUCUGACGGCAACAAGAAGGCGGUGGAGCCUCGACUGGUGACGGUGCACAGGCCUGGCGUGGAGGUGGGGGUCACGCUCUGUGGGGGGAACCUGCGGGGCGUCUACAUAGAAAGCCUGGAUGAGGACAGUCCUGCCAGAGGAGCUGAUGGGCUCCGUCCUGGUGACCUCAUUCUGGAGUACAACACGGUGAAUAUGAAGAAUAAGACGGCGGAGGAAGUGUAUGUCGAAAUGCUGAAGCCGGCCGAGACGGUCACUUUGAAGGUGCAGCAUCGAGCGGAUGACUUCCACCUGCUCAAAGAUGUUCCAGGCGAUGGCUUUUAUAUCAGAGCGCUUUACGAGCGCGUGGGGGAGGCCGAGGGGGACCUGACGUUCAAGAAGGAUGACAUCCUGUACGUGGAUGAGUCGUUACCAAAGGGCAGCUUCGGGACGUGGAUGGCCUGGCAGCUGGAUGAGAACGCACAGCAGAUCCAGAGGGGACAGAUCCCCAGCAAGUACAUGAUGGACCAAGAGUUUUACCGCCGACACAGCAUGACGGAAAUGAAGGAAGACUCCGGCAAGACGCUGUCCGCCGCCGCCCGUCGAUCGUUCUUCAGGAGGAAGCAGAAACACAAGCGCAGCAGCUCCAAAGACAGUAAAGAAAUGGUGGCUUUGGACGCCAUCAGCACCGACUCCAUCCCCUUCCUGGAAGACUGCGUGAGCUUGGCGUACCAGAGGGUCCAGAAGGUGGAGUGCGCCUCUCCUCGACCGGUGCUGGUCCUGGGGCCGCUGACAGACCCCAUCAAGGAGAUGUUAGUCAAAGAGUCUCCGGGGAAGUUCUGCAGAUGUCUGCUAGAGGUCAUGAAAGCGUCCCAACAAGCCAUCGAGCGAGGCGUCAAAGACUGCCUCUUUAUCGACUACAAGCGCCGCAGCGGCCAUUUUGACGUGACCACCGUUGCCUCGAUAAAGGAAAUAACAGAGAAGGGUUGUCACUGUUUGCUGGACAUCGCUCCGCACGCCAUCGAGAGACUGCACAGCGUUCACAUUUAUCCUAUUGUCGUCUUUGUGCGCUACAAAAACGCCAAGCAGAUCAAGGAGCAGAAAGAUCCUGUGUACCUGCGGGAUAAAGUCUCUCAGAAACAUUCCAAGGAGCAGUUUGAAAGUGCGCAGAAGAUCGAGCAGGACUACAGCAAGUUCUUCACAGGUAUCGUUCAGGGCGGCUCCCUCCCUUACAUUUGCACUCAGAUCACCACCAUAGUGGAUCAAGAACAAAGUAAAGUCCUGUGGACUCCACUUGGCUGCCCCUAGUGGACCAGGGUAGCACUCAUCCCACACACACACACACACACACACAACGACACACCAAGUAAACCCCAGUCACACAUUUGGCACACUAACCAGCUACAGUAUCUCAAUUGUUGCUGUGUAGUUUUCCUCAUUUCAUGUCAGUACUGAAGAGCCACAAAGUGAUACAACGUGUCCGCCUCCAAAGUGUGUGUGUGUGUGUGUGUGUUUAUUGUGUGUCAUCUGCGUCCUUUCACUCUCUUUAACUAUACUGUCCAACAGUCUCCCACUUGCCCCUACCUCCUGUGCACACUAACUUUAACACUAAUCAAGCACACACACACACACACACACACACACACACACACACACACACACACACCCCUAGGGCCGCACUGAAAAACAAUGAAAAAACAGACGAGAAUAAAGUUGUUAUAUUGCAAUUGAAAAGCUAUUACAGUAAUACAAUAAUGUAUUUAAUGUUCUUUUUAAUGAUAAUAAGGUUUGAAUUUUACAAGAAUAACAUCAUUCUGUCGUGAAUAAAGUCAAAGUUCCCACGUUAGUCUGAAAUGCGACGUGCCAUAAACAGCUAUAUGUUUAUGAUCAUAUCCUUUUUUUAUAUACAGUACAGGCCAAAAGUUUGGACACACCUCAUUUCAAUGCGUUUUCUUUAUUUUUAUGACUACCGCAUUUUGCGGAGUAGAAGUCGCUCCGGAGUAUAAGUCGCACCGGCCGAAAAUGCAUAAUAAAGAAGGGAAAAAAACAUAUAUAAGUCGCACUGGAGUAUAAGUGGCAUUUUUUUGGGGAAAUGUAUUUGAUAAAAGCCAACAGCAAGAAUAGACAUUUGAAAGGCAAUUUAAAAUAAAUAAAGAAUAGUGAACAACAGGCUGAAUAAGUGUACGUUAUAUGAGGCAUAAAUAACCAACUGAGAAGGUGCCUGGUAUGUUAACGUAACAUAUUAUGGUAAGAGUCAUUCAAAUAACUAUAACAUAUAGAACAUGCUAUACGUUUACCAAACAAUCUGUCACUCCUAAUCGCUAAAUCCCAUGAAAUCUUAUACGUCUAGUCUCUUACGUGAAUGAGCUAAAUAAUAUGAUUUGAUAUUUUACGGUAAAGUGUUAAUAAUUUCACACAUAAGUCGCUCCUGAGUAUAAGUCGCACCCCCGGCCAAACUAUGAAAAAAAACUGCGACUUAUAGUCCGAAAAAUACGGUACUCACAAAAUGACAUCAGUUUAAGAUUAGUAUUACUGUGAAAUUCACUUUUUUCUUUAUACUUUUACCAGAAUAAAGUUAGAAUAUAUGAGAAUUGAAUUUGUUUUAAAUACUGUAAAAGUGUUUUAAAAAAAUCAUAUUUUUUCCUAUUCAUGUCCAUUUUUUUCCUCAUAUUUUGAUUUUUUUGUCAGGAAAGUGACCUUUAUUCCCAAAGAAGAAUAACUGUCAAAUAUGACAGAAGAAAAAAGACAAUUAUUUGACAAAUAGGAAUGCAGAUGUAAUAUUGUAAGGAAAAAAAAAAGGGUGCCGUAUUUUUCAGAGUAUAAGUCGCUCCGGCCGAAAAUGCAUAAUAAAGAAGGAAAACAACAUAUAUAAGUCGCACUGGAGUAUAAUAUUAUUUGAUAUUUUACAGUAAUGUGUUAAUAAUUUCUCACAUAAGUCGCUCCUGAGUAUAAGUCGCAAUCUAUGAAAAAAACUGCGACUUAUAGUCCGAAAAAUACCGUACUCACAAAAUGACAUCAGUUUUAGAUUAGUAUUACUGUGGAAUUCACUUUUUUCUUUAUACUUUUACCAGAAUAAAGUUUGAAUAUAUGACAAUUGAGUUUGUUUUAAAUACUGUAAAAGUGUUUAAAAAAAAAAUCAUAUUUUUCCCUAUUCAUGUCCAUUUUUUUCCUCAUAUUUUGACUUUUUUGUCAGGAAAGUAACCUUUAUUCCCAAAGAAGAAUAACUGUCAAAUAUGACAGAAGAAAAAAGACAAUUGUUAUUUGAUAAAUAGGAAUGAAGACGUAAUAUUGUAAGAAGAAAAAAAAGGGUAAAAAAUGACGGUAGUUAUCAGCUAUUGUUAGAAAAUGGACUUGUUCCCCCUGUAAAGAAUAAAGUCAAAAUGUUACGAGAAAGAAGUCCCAGUAAGAAAAAUAUUUAGAAGAUUCAUUUUAGUAUAUUUCAACAUAAUUCUUGCAAAAAAUUUCCGUAAUAUUACAACUUUGUACUCUCAAAAUGACAUCAGUUUCAGAUUAGCAUUACUGUGAAAUUCACUUUUUUCUUUAUACUUUUACCAGAAUAAAGUUUGAAUAUAUGACAAUUGAAUUUGUUUUAAAUACUGUAAAAGUGUUUAAAAAAAAUCAUAUUUUUCCCUAUUCAUGUCCAUUUUUUUCCUCAUAUUUUGACUUUUUUGUCAGGAAAGUGACCUUUAUUCCCAAAGAAGAAUAACCGUCAAAUAUGACAGAAGAAAAAAGAAAAUUAUUUGAUAAAUAGGAAUGAAGACGUAAUAUUGUAAGGAAAAAAAAAGGGUGCCGUAUUUUUCAGAGUAUAAGUCGCUCCGGCCGAAAAUGCAUAAUAAAGAAGGAAAACAACAUAUAUAAGUCGCACUGGAGUAUAAUAUUAUUUGAUAUUUUACAGUAAUGUGUUAAUAAUUUCACGCAUAAGUCGCUCCUGAGUAUAAGUCGCAAUCUAUGAAAAAAACUGCGACUUAUAGUCCAAAAAAUACCGUACUCACAAAAUGACAUCAGUUUCAGAUUAGUAUUACUGUGAAAUUCACUUUUUUCUUUAUACUUUUACCAGAGUAAAGUUAGAAUAUAUGAGAAUUUAAUUUGUUUUAAACACUGUAAGUGUUAAAAAAAAAGAAAUCAUAUUUUUCCCUAUUCAUGUCCAUUUUUUUCCUCAUAUUUUGACUUUUUUGUCAGGAAAGUGACCUUUAUUCCCAAAGAAGAAUAACUGUCAAAUAUGAGAGAAGAAAAAAGAAAAUUGUUAUUUGAUGAAUAGGAAUGCAGAUGUAAUAUUGUAAGAAGAAGAAAAAGGGUAAAUAAAUUACGGUAGUUAUCAGCUAUUGUUAGAAAAUGGACUUGUUCCCCUUAUAAGAAUAAAGUCAAAAUGUUACGAGAAAGAAGUCCCAGUAAGAAAAAUAUUAAAAAAAAAAAAAAAGAUAAAUUUUAGUAUAUUUCAACAUAAUUCUUGCAAAAAAUUUCCGUAAUAUUACGACUUUGUACUCUCAAAAUGACAUCAGUUUCAGAUUAGUAUUACUGUGAAAUUCACUUUUUUCUUUAUACUUUUACCAGAAUAAAGUUUGAAUAUAUGACAAUUGAAUUUGUUUUAAAUACUGUAAAAGUGUUUAAAAAAAAAUCAUAUUUUUCCCUAUUCAUGUCCAUUUUUUUCCUCUUAUUUUGACUUUUUUGUCAGGAAAGUGACCUUUAUUCUUAAAGAAAAAUAACCGUCAAAUAUGACAGAAGAAAAAAGACAAUUAUUUGAUAAAUAGGAAUGAAGAUAUAAUAUUGUAAGGAAAAAAAAAGGGUGCCGUAUUUUUCAGAGUAUAAGUCGCUCUGGCCGAAAAUGCAUAAUAAAGAAGGAAAACAACAUAUAUAAGUCGCACUGGAGUAUAAUAUUAUUUGAUAUGUUACAGUAAUGUGUUAAUAAUUUCACACAUAAGUCGUUCCUGAGUAUAAGUCGCAAUCUAUGAAAAAAACUGCGACUUAUAGUCCGAAAAAUACCGUACUCACAAAAUGACAUUAGUUUCAGAUUAGUAUUACUGUGGAAUUCACUUUUUUCUUUAUACUUUAACCAGAGUAAAGUUAGAAUAUAUGACAAUUUAAUUUGUUUUAAAUACUGCAAAAGUGUUUAAAAAAAAAAAUCAUAUUUUUCCCUAAUCAUGUCCAUUUUUGUUCUCAUAUUUUGACUUUUUUGUCUUCCCAAAGAAGAAUAACUGUCAAAUGUGAGAGAAGAAAAAAGAAAAUUGUUAUUUGAUAAAUAGGAAUGAAGACGUAAUAUUGUAAGAAGAAGAAAAAAAGGGUAAAAAAUGACGGUAGUUAUCAGCUAUUGUUAGAAAAUGGACUUGUUCCCCUUAUAAAGAAUAAAGUCAAAAUGUUAUGAGAAAGAAGUCCCAGUAAGAAAAAUAUUUUUUAAGAAAAAAAUAUUAAUUUUAGUAUAUUUCAACAUAAUUCUUGCAAAAAGUUUCCGUAAUAUUACGACUUUGUACUCUCAAAAUGACAUCAGUUUCAGAUUAGUAUUACUGUGGAAUUCACUUUUUUCUUUAUACUUUUACCAGAAUAAAGUUUGAAUAUAUGACAAUUGAAUUUGUUUUAAAUACUGUAAAAGUGUUUAAAAAAAAUCAUAUUUUUCCCUAAUCAUGUCCAUUUUUUUCCUCAUAUUUUGACUUUUUUGUCAGGAAAGUGACCUUUAUUCCCAAAGAAGAAUAACCAUCAAAUAUGACAGAAGAAAAAAGACAAUUAUUUGAUAAAUAGGAAUGAAGACGUAAUAUUGUAAGGAGAAAAAAAGGGUGCUGUAUUUUUCAGAGUAUAAGUCGCUCCGGCCGAAAAUGCAUAAUAAAGAAGGAAAACAACAUAUAUAAGUCGCACUGGAGUAUAAUAUUAUUUGAUAUUUUACAGUAAUGUGUUAAUAAUUUCACACAUAAGUCGCUCCUGAGUAUAAGUCGCAAUCUAUGAAAAAAACUGCGACUUAUAGUCCAAAAAAUACCGUACUCACAAAAUGACAUCAGUUUCAGAUUAGUAUUACUGUGGAAUUCACUUUUUUCUUUAUACUUUUACCAGAGUAAAGUUAGAAUAUAUGAGAAUUUAAUUUGUUUUAAAUACUGUAAGUGUUAAAAAAAAAAUCAUAUUUUUCCCUAUUCAUGUCCAUUUUUUUCUCAUAUUUCGACCUUUAUUCCCAAAGAAGAAUAACUGUCAAAUAUGAGAGAAGAAAAAAGAAAAUUGUUAUUUGAUAAAUAGAAAUGAAGACGUAAUAUUGUAAGAAGAAGAAAAAAAGGGUAAAAAAUUACGGUAGUUAUCAGCUAUUGUUAGAAAAUGGACUUGUUCCCCUUAUAAAGAAUAAAGUCAAAAUGUUACGAGAAAGAAGUCCCAGUAAGAAAAAUAUUUUUUAAGAAAAAAAUAUUAAUUUUAGUAUAUUUCAACAUAAUUCUUGCAAAAAGUUUCCGUAAUAUUACGACUUUGUACUCUCAAAAUGACAUCAGUUUCAGAUUAGCAUUACUGUGGAAUUCACUUUUUUCUUUAUACUUUUACCAGAGUAAAGUUUGAAUAUAUGACAAUUGAAUUUGUUUUAAAUACUGCAAAAGUGUUUAAAAAAACCCAUCAUAUUUUUCCCUAUUCAUGUCCAUUUUUGUUCUCAUAUUUUGACUUUUUUGUCUUCCCAAAGAAGAAUAACUGUCAAAUAUGAGAGAAGAAAAAAGAAAAUUGUUAUUUGAUAAAUAGGAAUGAAGACGUAAUAUUGUAAGGAAAAAAAAGGGUAAAAAAAUUACAUUUUUUAAUAGUAAUAUUACAACUUUAUUUCCACGAAACGAGCGACUAUUUUUUAGUGUUUUUGUUUUUCGGUGUGGCCCUUCUUGCUAUUUAUGCAUCCUGACCGACAUCUCCUUUGUGUGUGAAAGUGGUGGUGUAACACUUGUGAAGACCAGUUCCUGGAAAUAUGACAGUAGCGUAGUUGUACCACCCCAUGACUAUUAUUAAAACAAAACAUGUAGCUGCGGCCCCACUGCCAGCCGGUGCCAACAAACCACCACCACACCUUUGCUCUAUGCAUUGUCCCUCACUCCAUCGUCACGUAGCAGAGAGUGUGUGCGCGCUUUUAUGGGCCUUUUCGGAAGUGCCUUCGCUGGAAGACGCCCGGUCGACGAGCAGCUUGAAGGCUGAUCUGAGACCAGUGCGGCGGCGAGCGCGUGUCAAAGUUUUCUUUUUGUUUUUUUUCCCCCCCAAGGUAGGACGGGUUGAACUCCUCAGAAUGCACUCCAGGGCUGAACAAACCACUGUGGAACUCCAAUCCUUCCCUCUUUAACAUGUAUUAACAGUAUAGAGUAUGCAGAUAUACAGUAUAUAUACAAAUAAAUAAGAAUAUAUAUAUAUAUUACAUGUAUUUUCACUAGGUCAUGCACCUAGGAAGAUCUGACAGUCCAGUUAGCAUGUUUUAUUUUUUUAUUGUUUGUGGUUGCUUGUCAGUCAGGUGAUGUUCUCAUGAAAAGAAGCAACAUUUGCAGGGUAAUACCGUAACUUUUCACUGUUAUUUAAGUGGGGUUUUUUUUUUGUACUGUUACCACACGGGAAGACACAAAUAUUCCUGCAUUCUGUUUUCGAUCGUGCCAAAAUCCACUAACUUUUCUUUUGUUUUGUUCUGUUUUGCACUUGUUUAGCUGUGAACCUUGAACACUUACAGUAACCGUUGCCAGGUUUCCAGUAAAAUACUAGUAGGUACGAUCAUUUCUACUGUAACUCAUCAAUGUCGCUUCCUUACAUUUCAUUAUCAAGAGCCUUUUUUAUUCUCCGCAGGGAAAAAAAAAAGUCUCAUUAAUUAUUUAAAAAAGAAAAGGAGAAAAAAAAAAAAGGGAUUUAUUCUUGCACAGUUUUUCAGAGGAAAUGUGGUCCACCAGUUUGACUAUUGGGCUAAAAAAGUACAAAUUAUACAGUUUAAUGUUCCUAUUUUUCUGUGUAGAUAGCAUGUUCUAGAAAGGAAGACAGACGGUUGUACUUGUAGAUAAAGUCAGGUACGGAUUGAACCUCUUUGUAUUCGGAGAAUGUGAUUUGUAUGUCCAGACAUUAACAUGAGAAUAAAAGUCUUUUUUGUCCG